GUUCAGCAUGACUGACAUAAUUUGAGUGUUUUGUGUGUGUUUUUCCAGAUUAUUCCUGGUUUGAUCCUGUCAGACAUCAAACCUGCCAAAAAGAUGAAGUUUAAGACGGUGUGUUACUUGCUGGUGCAGCUCAUGCACUGCCGCAAGAUGUUCAAGGCUGAGAUUCCCUUCUCCAACGUCAUGAACUGUGAGGAUGGGGACAAGAGGAGGGUGCUGCGCUCGGCUCCGGAGAAGCUGAGGAACCGUACCUCCACGGCGGCUAACGUGACCCAGAGCAGCCCGGGGACACGGGUCAACCGCUACAUCAGCCGUCUGAUCGAGGCCCGGCAGACGGAGUCCGACACGGCCGACCUGCACUACCUCACGCUCACCUACAGAGACUCGGAGCGAGAGCGCAGGUAUCAUCAGCUGAAUGACGAGUACUUCACCGGCGCUGUGCUUCUGUCUCUCGUCCUCACGGCUCUGAUCGCAAUCCUCUACCUGCUCAUCAUUCCACAGGGGACGCUUGUGUUGGUGUUGCUGGUCUUCUGCAUCUGUUUCCUGGUCGUGUGCAUCAUGUACCUGCACAUCUCUAGAGUUCAGUGUUUUCCAGGGUGCCUCAGCAUACAGAUCCGGACCGUCCUGUGUGUGUUCAUAGUGCUCUUAAUAUACGCCGUGGCCCAGGCCUGUGUGGUGGGCUGCAUGCCGUGGCUCUGGCCGACUGACUCCACGCGCUCCAUCGUGAUCAUCGACGUGUCCACAGGCCUGAACCGCACCAUGGCUGAGCUGCCGUGUGAAGGAGCGCAGUACGCCUUUCUGUGCUGCAUGCUGGGGACGCUGACCGUGGCGCUGUUCCUGCGAGUGUCCUGGCUGUCCAAACUCCUGCUGCUGCUGCUGCUGCUGGUGCUGUACAUCACCGUGCUGGAGCUCAGCGGAUUCAGACGCUCCUCGGGGACGGUGUUGAUGAGCGCUCGCGGUCUGGAGCCCGUCCUCUCUCUGCUGAUGUUCUUCACCACUCUGGCCCUUCACUCCAGACAGAUGGAGCUCAAGCUGCGCCUGGACUUCCUCUGGGCCACUCAGGCGGAGGAGGAGAGAGACGGCAUGGAGAAAGUCAAACUGGACAACAAGAGGAUCCUGUUCAACCUGCUGCCGGUUCAUGUAGCUCAGCACUUUCUGCUGUCUAACCCCAGAAACAUGGAUCUGUAUUACCAGUCCUACGCUCAGGUUGGGGUGCUGUUCGCUUCCAUUCCCAACUUUAAUGACUUCUACAUCGAGCUGGAUGGAAAUAACAUGGGCGUCGAGUGUCUGCGGCUGCUCAACGAGAUCAUCGCCGACUUCGACGAGCUGAUGGAUAAAGAGUGUUAUAAAGACAUUGAGAAGAUCAAGACCAUCGGCAGCACGUACAUGGCAGCGGUGGGUUUGGUGCCCACCAUCGGAACCAAGGCAAAGAGAUCCCCUGCGGAGCACCUGAGCACCAUCGCAGACUUCGCCAUCGAGAUGUUUGACGUUCUGGAUGAAAUCAACUAUCAGUCUUAUAACGACUUCGUCUUGAGAGUGGGUAUUAAUGUGGGUCCGGUGGUGGCCGGGGUCAUCGGGGCCCGCCGGCCGCAGUAUGAUAUCUGGGGAAACACGGUGAACGUGGCCAGCCGCAUGGACAGCACCGGAGUGCCUGGGAAGAUACAGGUGACGGAGGAAGCGAACCGUCUGCUUCAGAGCGACUAUGAUCUGGUGUGCCGUGGCAAUGUCAGCGUGAAGGGCAAAGGUCAGAUGCUCACAUAUUUCCUGGAGGGUAAAGCGCAGGAUCCGGGGAGCCGAGCGCUGCAUCACACCGGCGUCCUGGAGCGCAGGGUUCACGCUAUCGCCCGCUCCAGCAGCACACACACCAAAGCCGGCAGCACCGCAUCCAUGGCCUCGGGGCUCGCCGCCCGGGUCGCUCAGGGCUCGCGGAGCACCGCCGCUAACGUGCCUACGCUAGGAGAAGAGCAGGAGGUCAAAGGGGGGGAGAUGUAGGACCAAUCGCACACUACAGUAUGAAAGAAUGAACCGUCUUCCCUUUAUUCACCUUCUCUGCUCCAGCUGUGAACGGAUCUUCACUGCACGCUCCUUCAGAGACAUCACAUCAGUUCCUCCUGGAUGAACUCAGGUCCUGUCCUGCAUUUCUUUCCCUCGUGAAUCAUGAAAUUACUGGUGUGUCUGUGAAAGCCGGUUCAAGUCGACAUCCAUGGAUUCCCAAAGGAUUCUGUCUCGCUGCAGGAACACCCAGACACUUCCAUAAUGUACUUAAAGUGCUCAUUUUGUACUUAAUAUACUAAAAAUGAUUCUUUAGAU